AAAACAGUUAUAUGAAGUAUUGGUAAUCAAUUUGUUUUAAUAGUUUCAAUGAUAUCAUCAAUUUUUAUUCAUAUACGACAACAACACCAUCAGCUACUGGCCAUCAAUUGGUUUGCCAUUAAUAAGUGGUGGUCUAAUCAUCCGAUAAUAAAUGAUAGGCCCAGUGGUCGACAAUCGUCAUCAUCUCUAACUACUACCAGUGCUGACUUCAAAUCAAUCAACAGUAGUUAUAGUAGUCAACUGAUGAUGAGAUGCGCUUAUAUGAUACCAUCGGAUAGUAUACCGGAUAUCUUACGUAAUAAUCAAACAAAUGUCGUCAGAUUAUUAAACUGGGGUUAUAUUGGUGGCGGUGGUAGUAUCGGAACCGGGUGUGUGAUUAACAAAAAAUCCGGUCUAUUGGUUACCAAUACUCAUGUAGUUAACGAUAAAAGACAAUUGGAUUGCCAUUAUUCGAUAAAAACUAGUGAUAAUCAAAUCAUUAGUCGUUAUCGUAAAGGACGGGUACUAUACUGUGAACCGUAUCGUGAUUUAGCACUCGUUAGACUAGAGUUUACUGGCAGUGAUGACAAAAACAACGAACUGACCAAUGUGUUUGUAUUGGCCGACCAGAAACCGGCCGAUUUUGGCGAACGUCUUAUCUGUAUUGGAUAUCCCGAAUCCAUUAAACAGAGUAUGACUUUAGGCUAUGUUUGUUGCGGUCAGAGUCCGUCCGACCAAUUCUUUACCUGUGGUGUCAACUCUUUUCUAUACCAUUCCAGUGGUACAACCAGAGGCUAUUCUGGUGGACCAUUGAUCGAUGAAAAGGGACGGUUAGCCGGUAUUCAUCACGCAAGCAUUGCUCGACAUAUACAUAGGAUAUCAUGCGCUCAACUAUCUAUUGAUGUUAAAGACUUCUACAAUAAUGCUAAAGAAUUUAACAAACAAAAGAAUAAAUAUCGAAAUAAUAGGAAACAGUUUGUCGAAACUGAAUGCCAAUUGACUAACAAACUAGUAUUGGGUGUUGAGAUCUAUUGGUAUUGUAAUGACUACUGUAGUAAACAAUAUAAACUAAUGGCCGAUAAAGAGGACCGAAAGUUCCCUAAUAUAAAGGAAAAUGAAUUAUUAUUAGACUGUUGUAUAAUAGUGUGGAAUGUCAUUAAACCAAUGGACAGUAUUGUGAAUGAGUUUCAAAAACUUAAGGAAUUUGAUAUAAUUAUUAGAAUUAAUGACUAUUUUGUCGAAUCUAUCGACGAUUUAUACAAAACAAUUCAAUCAAAUGGUAUGAAUCCGAUUGAAUUGAAUGUCUUAAGGAGUGAUAAAAUGAUUGACAUCACUGUAACUCCACAACAAUUGACACAAUCAAUAGGAUUUGCUUAA